CGAUCCGAAUAUUUUUUGAAUACACUCUCUUUUUUCUAUUUCUAUUUUGAAUACAGAAAAAACGAAAUGUUUUCUACUUGUACAAACAAAUGUUUGCUGCAAACAUUUGGUAACAACAUAUAUAAAUAGUGGUAAUUAAUGGUGGUAAUUUCAUAGAAUCAAAUUGGUUCGACGUGUUGUUGUAUUUGAAGAUAAUGUUGAUGAACAAAACGAUAAAAAUUCUACAAAUCGUCAUAGUCUAUUGUGACUUUUUGUUGGCCGAACAACAACACAUUGAUGAUGAUGAUGAUCAACAUUUGAUAAUGCCAAAUGAAUCAUCAUCAUCAUCAUAUCAGAUGCAUACGAUGAUAAUUAAUCCACGUAAUAAUUGUACGAUUCCAUGUGAACGUGAACGUUUCGAUAUUGGUAAAGAUUGUGUCGAUGCUGGCGAUCGUUGUCAAUGUGUGGCACAUUGUUGUUGGGCAUUCGAUUGUCGUCAAUGGCCCGUGUUUGCACAAUGUCGUAAAAAAUGUAAAAUUCGUGAUUGGAGCCGUUUUGGACAAUCAUCAUCACAUCAUCUAUCAAUCGAUUGUAAUUAUUUUCCGUGUUAUGAACAUUAUCUUAUAUCAUGGGAUAUACGUAAUGUAAACCAAACACGACAAAUUAAUUGUAUAAAACAUUGUUGUUAUGCAUUUAAUUGUAAAAAAUUUUCUGGUUAUUGUCGAGAAUUAUGUUUACAGAAAUGAAUUAAUUGAUCAUAUCAUUAUAUUUUCUCCAAAAUCAUAAUUCUCUGACAUAAAUGUCAUGUAAAAAUGAAAAAUAAUCUAUUGGUCGGUUCAUUUCUACUUAUUUGAAAUGAACCAGAAAUAACCUAACCUAACCUAACCUAACCUUUUUCGUUUAAUGAAUUUUAAAGAUUUAUCAAUGACAAACUCCAGGGCCAUCUGAGGAUUUUCGAUUAUAUCGGGAACCAUUCGUGUAUAUAUCGUGACUUUUAGCACU